CUCUGACAAUUGCGUUUCGCGAAUAAACGCCCAGUACAGUCCCUUUUCCAUUACCCCCAACUCUCAGGCAAGCCGCUCUCCAAAUACCCAGCUCUUUGUUCAGCCGAGUACUAGAAGACACCUAUGACUACUUACAGUGCACACAUCGUUCUUCUAGAUGUAUGAUACCCGCCAAGCAAUGCAAUGCGCAUCGAGACCUUGCGCCCGUCGAACCCUAGUCGUUGCACCAACGUCUACUACGGCGUACACAGGAUCGUUACACGGUAUCAUCAGAGCGUUGCUCCGGAGUCAUAAAUUAAGGAAACCGAGCUCGAAGAGUGUCUGCAUCGCACUUGGCGAACGCUUUUUCUUGCACGUUCGUUACAUUCUCUUCCAGCUAGACACUGAUCUUCCCAAGUUGCAAGGACACCUUUCACUCUCAUCAGGCUCAUUCCAGGUCUGUACUUUCACUGUAAAAUUAACCAUCGCAAUGCCUCUUCCCGCUUUCAAGUGGCAGCGGCCGUACUUAGUACACCAUCAAGUUGCGAUAGAGUCGCUGUACUCGCCUUGUUGUCGGGAUUUUAGCUGAACUCUCGUAGCACACCUCCAACUUAACCG